AUGAUUUUUUAUAAACCCGUCUUAAACCCACUUUAUCGAGUUGUCUGUUCUCUUCCAGCUGCAGCCGUUCGGAAAAAUUACUGUGAAGUAGCUGAAUUUACGAACCGGUCACUUCAUCUUCAACACUGGUCUUACCUGCUAAUUAAUAUUCCCAUAUUGAGGGUGUCUAUAUCUGUAGCUCAACUUUAUGGUGUGUUUGUUGGGUACAUAACGGAUGAUCGUCAAAAGGUGAGAAAGAUGUUGCAUACUUGUCUUCGCGACGUCCUCCAAAACUUUCAGUCAUCUCCUGUGCUUGCUCCUCUAUCUGCACCGGCAAGUGAAACCAUCACAAAUCUCUUUGAAAGGUAUCUUCUACGUGCAGGAGGAGCAACAGUAAAUGCCUCUGAAAGACCCAAAGGAGCACAAGAAGUAUUACAUAUGCUGGAUGUGCUGAAACUUUGUCUUCCUUUUAUGUCUUCGAAGUACCUGAAUAACUCUUUGAAGUACUUCAAAUCUCUAUUGGACCUGCAACAGCCUCUUGUUAAUAGGCACAUUACAGAUGGUCUGAAUGCUCUUUGUAUCCAUCCAACAGCAGAAGUAUCCCCAGAAGUGCUUCUGGACAUCUUGGGUUCAUUGGCUACUUCAGUUUCUGCAAAGGAGUCAUCUGUUGAUACUAUGACAGUUGCAGCUCACUUGCUUGGCGUGGGGAUGAGAAGAGUAUAUUCAAUUGACAGACAAUUAUGUGUGGUUAAACUCCCUGUGGUGGUCAACUCUCUUAGAGAUGUUCUGGUUUCUGAGCAUGAGGAAGCUAUAAGGGCUGCACUGGAGGCACUCAAAAGCUUAAUACAUGAAUGCAUUGAUGAAAACUUGAUCAAACAGGGUGUGGAUAAUGUAAUUAGUUCAAAUACCGAUACAAGCAAAUCCGGACCAACUAUCAUUGAGAUAAUCUGUGCCAUAAUUGAGAGCUUGCUUACCUAUCACUAUUCGACAGUCUGGGAUAUCUCAUUUCAAGUUGUCAUUGCCAUGUUUGAUAAGCUAGGAUGUCAUAGCGGGGGACUUCAAUGGUCUUUGUUCUUCUUACCUUUGAAGGGAAUGCUUCAGAGUUUGGUUGACAUGCAAAAAUUGCCAGAUGAAGACUUUCCAUAUCGUAGACAGCUGCACGAAUGUGUUGGAUCAGCUGUUGGUGCAAUGGGACCUGAAUCUUUUCUAGCUCUUCUUCCUCUUAAAUUGGACAUAGAGGAUUUAUCGAAGUCCAACCUCUGGCUUUUUCGAAUUCUAAAGCAGAACAUUAUUGGUGCUCAUUUAAGUUUCUUUACCAACUCAAUUAUGUCAAUGGUUGGAGCUAUGAAGCAGAGGUCUGCUAGGUUUGAAUGCGAGGGAAAGAUAUAUUCUGCAAGAAGUAUUGAUGGAAUUGUGUACUCAUUGUGGUCGUUGUUACCCUCAUUUCGCAAUUACCCUGUGGACACUGCUCAAAGCUUCAAGGAUCUGAAUGAGAUAUUAUGCAAAGCUAUCCGUGAGGAGCCUGAAGUACGUGGGAUAAUAUGCUCCAGUUUGCAGAUCCUCAUUCAGCAGAACAAGAACAUAUUAGAGGGAAAAGUGGAUUUCUCUGAUGCUAAAAUAAGUGUUCCCAAAGAACGAGCCAUUGGGUGUUAUAACCAGCAAGUCGCAGGUGAUAACUUGAAUGCAUUGGGACUUUGUGCUGGUGAACUGCUGUCUGUGAGGUGAGUUUUCUUGGAAUCCUCUAAAGAUACUGGUGGAUCUUUGCAGAUCACAAUUGGUGGAUUGGCUUCUAUUGCUGACAAAGAGGUAAUCAGCCAGUGCUUCAAUACGGUCAUGCGGAAGCUGAAGAAGAAGGUUACCCAAGAGGCUGGCAAGGCACAGAAGGCCAGAAGUUCCAAUUCAAUGCAUAUUGAAGACUCAUCCAGCAAAAUGCUAAUUAGGGCACAGUUAUUUGAUCUGGCAGUUUCACUCCUGCCUGGUUUAGAUGCUAAAGAACUUGGUCAGCUAUUUGAUGAGAUAAAGCCUGCUUUAAAGGACGAGGAAGGCUUGAUCCAGAAGAAGUCAUAUAGAGUUUUUUCCUGCAUCCUUGGGCGAUCUGAUGAAUUUAUUUCAAGGAGGUUUGUAGAGCUGCUUAGUUUGAUGAUUGAAGCACUACCUGCGUGUCAUUUUUCAGCCAAACGUCACAGACUUGAGUGUCUAUACUUUUUAAUUGUCCAUGUUACAAAGGAUGAAUCAGAACAGAGGUGGCAUGAGCACAUUACUUCUUUUAUGACUGAAAUUUUGCUUGCACUCAAGGAGGCUAACAAAAAAACAAGGCAGCAAGCAUAUGGGAUUCUUGUUCAAAUUGGCCAUGCUUGUGGAUAUGAAGAAAAAGGUGGCAGCAAAGAGAAUCUACAGCAGUUUUUUAAUAUGAUUGCUGGGGGUCUUGCGGGGAAAACACCUCAUAUGAUCAGUGCAACGGUGAAAGGGUUAACUUGCCUGGCUUAUGAAUUUACCGACCUUGUUUCUGCUGUCUGCAGUCUCCUUCCAUCAGUGUUUCUUCUCCUUAAGAGAGGGGACAAAGAAAUAAAUAAGGCUAAUUUAGGGCUGUUGAAGGUAUUGAUCACGAAGUCGCCUGUUCAGGGAUUACAGGCACAUUUAAGGAGCAUGGUGGAGGCCCUUCUGGGAUGGCAAGAUAACACCAAGAACCAUUUCAAAGCCAAGGUUAAGGUGCUUAUUGAUAUGCUCAUCAAGAAAUGUGGUCUGAAUGCUGUUAAAGAGGUGAUGCCUGAAGAGCACAUGAAACUCCUAACAUAAGAAAGGUUAUUCAAGCAGCGGAGAGAAAGGAAACUUGCCUCAAAUUCUGAAGAUAGCAGAUCUCAUAUGUCAAAAGCGACAACAAAAAGGCUAAGCAGAUGGAAUAAUCAAAAUAUCUUUUCGGAGUUUGACAAUGGAGAAUCAGAGAGUAGUGAAGCAGAAUAUAUGACUAUGAAGACUAUUGCUGGUCAUAAGAGCAAAGCUUCAUUAGUAUCAGACUCCAAAGCAUCUGAAUUAUGGUCCAAGAAAACAUGGAAAGCGGCCAAGAGUUUGCAGGAUGAUUUGUUUGAUCAAUUAGCCGAUGAGCCACUUGACUUACUUGACCAGAAGAAGACAAGGUCAGCUCUUACAGCAUCUGGAAAUCUCAAAAGGAAGCCCGGGUCUGAAGAUGAGGCAGAAAUAGACUCUGAAGGCCGUUUGAUUAUUCAUGAGGGAACACGUAUCCACCCACCUACCGACUAUUCAAAUGUAUGGAGCGAAGCAGGAAGCUGCUUCUCUGAAACCUCAAGGAGAACUCAGAAACGGAGGAAAACGUUUGAUUCAGGAUGGGCCUACACUGGAACCGAGUAUGCAAGCAAGAAGGCAGGUGGUGAUGUCAGGAAGAAAGAUAAGCUUGAGCCGUAUGCCUACUGCCCCCUUGACCGCAAGAUGAUGAGCCGAAGGCCUGAACAUCAGGCAGUAGCAAGAAAAGGAAUGUCAAGCAUAGUGAGGCUAACAAACAAGGUUGAAGGCAAGAGUUCAGUGUCCAUGAAGGGUGUCAAGAGUAAAAAAAGAAAGCCCAAAGCUUGAAGGCAAGAGUGCAUCACCCAUACAAGCCCAAAGCUUGAAGGCAAGAGUGCAUCACCCAUACUUUACUGUCCAUAAAGGGAGUCAACAGUAAAAGGAAACUCUAUGAUUAUAUUUGACUAUAUUAUUGCUUGGUUGAAUUCUUCAAAAGUAGUAAAAGUAUGGUAGUGUAUUUUUGGAGAAUCCAAUACGGGUGCGGCAUCGAAAGUGAAGACUUGGCUCAACUUAUUAUUUGAUGCUAUGUCAAAACUGAGAGCUGCUACAGGUGAUUGUAAUGGGGGUUGUGGUUGCUCUUGUUUCUUUAUUGGUGAUUUGAUUAUGUAAAUUCGCGUGCCUAUUUUAUCGAAUUACUUCCUUCGUUGGCUUUGACUUUUCAUUUUUGAACUUAUCACAUUCAUAAAGAAAAUAAUUAUUGACAGACUAUUUUACA